GGGUGUGAGGUGGGGCAGGGUGUGGUGGGAAGCUCUGCUUGCAGUCCCCGGGCUGCGGCGGGGCAGGGUUUCCCUGGACGAGUCUCACUUCACGGGCUUCACUAUGGCCGGCCCGGGCCCCGGCGCAGCGCUUGAGUCCCCGCGACAGCUCCUGGGUCGCGUGCGCUUCCUGGCCGAGGCGGCGCGGAGCCUCCGGGCCGGGCUGCCACUGCCUGCGGCGCUGGCUUUCGUGCCGCGAGAGGUGCUCUACAAGCUUUACAAGGACCCAGCGGGACCCUCGCGCGUGCUGCUGCCUGUGUGGGAGGCAGAGGGCCUGGGACUUCGUGUGGGUGCUGCGGGCCCUGCCCCGGGCACAGGCUCGGGACCGCUGCGCGCCGCCCGUGACAGUAUCGAGCUUCGGCGAGGCGCCUGCGUACGCACCACCGGCGAGGAGCUGUGCAACGGCCACGGGCUCUGGGUGAAGUUAACCAAGGAGCAGCUGGCUGAACACCUGAGUGACUGUAGUUUGGACGAAGGCUGGCUUCUAGUGUGUCGCCCAGCGGAGGGCGGAGCCCGCCUUGUACCUAUCGACACUCCAGACCACCUGCAACGGCAGCAGCAGCUAUUUGGCGUGGACUACCGGCCGGUGCUCAGAUGGGAACAGGUGGUGGACCUGACGUACUCACAUCGCCUGGGCUCCAGGCCUCAGCCAGCAGAGGCAUACACAGAAGCUGUACAAAGACUACUCUAUGUACCACCAACGUGGACAUAUGAGUGCGACGAAGACCUGAUCCACUUCUUAUAUGACCACCUGGGCAAAGAAGAUGAGAACCUGGGUAGCGUGAAGCAGUAUGUGGAGAGCAUAGAUGUUUCUUCCUAUACGGAGGAGUUCAAUGUAUCCUGCCUGACAGAUAGUAAUGCAGAUACCUACUGGGAGAGCGAUGGGUCCCAGUGCCAACACUGGGUACGGCUUACCAUGAAGAAAGGCACAAUUGUCAAGAAGCUGCUACUCACAGUGGAUACCACAGAUGACAACUUCAUGCCGAAGCGGGUUGUGGUCUAUGGGGGUGAAGGGGACAACCUGAAGAAGCUGAGUGACGUGAACAUUGACGAGACCCUGAUCGGGGAUGUCUGUGUAUUAGAGGACAUGACCGUCCACCUUCCAGUCAUUGAGAUCCGAAUCGUUGAGUGUCGAGAUGAUGGGAUAGAUGUUCGUCUUCGAGGGGUCAAGAUCAAGUCAUCUAGACAGCGGGAGCUAGGGCUGAAUGCAGACCUGUUCCAGCCGGCCAGUCUGGUGCGAUAUCCACGCCUGGAAGGCACUGACCCUGAAGUGCUGUACCGCAGAGCUGUCCUUCUGCAGAGAUUCAUCAAAAUCCUGGACAGUGUCCUGCACCACCUAGUACCUGCAUGGGACCACACACUGGGCACCUUCAGUGAGAUUAAGCAAGUGAAACAGUUCCUGCUGCUGUCACGCCAGCGGCCCAGCCUGGUAACACAGUGCCUGCGCGAUUCAGAAAGCAGCAAGCCCAGCUUCAUGCCGAGGCUGUACAUCAACCGGCGCCUUGCCAUGGAACACCGUGCCUGCCCUUCUCGGGACCCAGCCUGCAAGAAUGCAGUUUUCACCCAGGUUUAUGAAGGCCUCAAGCCUUCCGACAAGUAUGAGAAACCCUUGGACUACAGGUGGCCCAUGCGCUAUGACCAGUGGUGGGAAUGUAAAUUCAUUGCGGAAGGAAUCAUUGACCAAGGCGGUGGUUUCCGUGACAGCCUGGCAGAUAUGUCAGAAGAGCUGUGCCCCAGCUCAGCCGACACCCCAGUGCCUCUGCCCUUCUUUGUGCGCACGGCGAACCAGGGCAAUGGCACCGGUGAGGCCCGGGACAUGUAUGUGCCAAAUCCUUCUUGCCGAGACUUUGCCAAGUAUGAGUGGAUUGGACAGUUGAUGGGGGCUGCCCUUCGGGGUAAGGAGUUCCUGGUGCUGGCCCUGCCUGGGUUCGUGUGGAAGCAGCUGUCUGGUGAGGAGGUGAGCUGGAGCAAAGACUUCCCAGCUGUGGACUCCGUGCUGGUGAAGCUCCUGGAAGUGAUGGAAGGAGUGGACAAGGAGACGUUUGAGUUCAAGUUUGGGAAGGAGCUAACAUUCACCACGGUCCUGAGUGAUCAACAGGUCGUGGAGCUGAUUCCUGGGGGCACAGGCAUCGUGGUGGGAUACGAGGACCGCUUGCGUUUCAUCCAGCUGGUGCAGAAGGCGCGGUUAGAGGAGAGCAAGGAGCAGGUGGCAGCCAUGCAGGCAGGUCUGCUGAAGGUGGUACCACAGGCUGUGCUGGACUUGCUGACCUGGCAAGAGCUGGAAAAGAAGGUGUGUGGGGACCCAGAGGUCACUGUGGAUGCUCUGCGCAAGCUCACUCGGUUUGAGGACUUCGAACCAUCUGACACCCGAGUGCAGUACUUUUGGGAGGCUCUGAACAAUUUCACCAAUGAGGACCGGAGCCGUUUCCUGCGCUUUGUCACUGGGCGCAGCCGCCUCCCAGCUCGGAUCUACAUCUACCCGGACAAACUAGGCUAUGAGACCACAGAUGCUCUGCCAGAGUCUUCCACCUGCUCCAGCACGCUCUUCCUCCCACACUAUGCCAGUGCCAAGGUAUGUGAGGAGAAGCUGCGCUAUGCUGCGUACAACUGUGUGGCCAUCGACACUGACAUGAGUCCCUGGGAGGAGUAAGGCCGUGCCAAGCGUGUCCUGCUGCCCUCACCCAGGCCAGCCCGGUUUGGGUCUCAACAGAGGUGACGGGUUCAGAAAUCUCAGCACAGUGGGCCCUGCGCCUGUGUAUGGUCGCAGUGGGAGCCAUGAGUUGACCCUGAUGCUCUAGUCCCCACAGACCCACAAGCUCUACUCGUGCUGGGGCAUGCUUCCCCGGGGUAUUCGGCCUCUGAGAGAGGGAAUCUUCCACAAGCCCAGCACAAGCUGCCAGGCCUGAGCUACUUGAAGGGGGCCAGCUAGCUCCCCAACCCACAGACUAUUUUUUGGUUUCCCCUGUUUUUCCCCUUUUUCUAGCUUCAGCCAUGGCUCAAAAUAUUUAAAAAUUGGUAGAAUGGUACUUGAAGCCAGGAGCCAAGGACAGAAUGUGGUUAUCUUCCUUGGUCACGGAUCCCCAAGAAAGAAGCCCCAGUUGAGUACCCCAUCCCUUGCAUACCGGUCUUCUUCUUCCCACAGCAGAGGUGUGUGGGCUCUUCCCACGACUUGGCACGUCCAUCCACUCAAUGCUCAGUCUUUACAGCAGCCAAACUACUCUUCUGGAUCAAAUCCAGCUCAACUCCACAUCCGCUCCUUCACCGCCAAGGUUUCACAGUUGAGGAUCCUUCUGUCCUCUCUGGAAUUUCAGUAAUUCCUGUUCAUACUCUAACAUAAGGCCUAGAUGUUAAACUUGCUCUAAGGGCUGUGCACACCCCUCUAUUCCCCCCAAGGGCCUCCAUGACACUCCUAUAGAAUGUCUUACGUUGGGGAAAUUGAAUAAAUGGAUAAAUUCCUCUCUUUA